AUGGAAGUGCAUAGCGAUGAUGAGUGUCCAUUGCUUCUUGGUGAGUAUAUUCGAUCAAAUCCUUCUUCUGCGAUAAGUGCACGGUGGGUAUUUGAACUUCCCGAUGAGGAACAAGGAGAUUGUGUAGCGAAAAUGGUUGAAAAUGCAGUUUAUCAAGAGACCUGGCUAUCAUAUUUUAAAUAUGCAGCGAAAAAGGAAAUUCCGGUAACCGAGGAGAUAGCGUUAGAGGCGAUUCAUUCAGUUGGUCUUGAUCCUUAUAGUGCGCCGUUAUGGUUAAAGGUUGUUGAACUUUGUUCGAAUGAGGAAAAAAAAAGGAAAUAUUUCAACUGGCGCUGCGAGUGCCCUUGUAUCAACAAGGUCUGGUGUAUAAGGCAUAUAAAGCGUUUGAGUCAGAAGUCUCCAAGCAAACUGGACAACCCACGUCUAACUUUCUGUCACUCUCUGAAGUUGUGCAAUAUUCCAAGAUCUUGGAGACGGAACCUAGUUGGCCCGAUCGGUUUGUAG